UCUCUCUGCCCCUCCUUCCCUCUACUGCGCACUCUCUCUGUUCACCUUGCAUGCUGCUGGGUGGUGUGGAGUUAUUGUUGCGUCAGAGUCAGAGAGAUCCAGAGACAGCCAUGCCGGGAGAGAGCUCUCCCAGAUCUUUCCCCAAAGAGAGACAUCCGGAGCAGGGAGGAGAACAGACAGGCCUGCCUCAAUCAGAUAUCACCAGACAUGCCUCCACAGAGUCCACCCCUAGCGACAGUGGCUCCUCUCCUAGCGACAGUGGCUCUAACCCCUCCCCCAGCACCCCUCAGAAGCUGCUCCCAUCAUGCACCUCUCCAUUCGGGCCACGGCUGAUCCGGGCCACGCCUAGCUCCUCUGCAGCCCCGCGACCUCAGCCUGAAGGUUCUGACCAUCGCCACGGUAACACAGUCCGACUCAGUGGGAAAUUUGGGGGUCAUGGACCUUGUGGACGCCGCAGCGGACCCAUAAAGAUGGAGAGAAUCAAGGUCCUGAUGGGUUCAGAAGUGGAGAGCGACUACAAGCAGCCAGAGAACAUGGAAACACGGGUGGUGAUGGGCCAGGAGGCCCUACUCAAGACCAAGGAGACCCUGACAGGAAAGCACCUGGGUGGGCCGAGCAGCCAUGUGAUACCCCUACCUGGAAUCCCAGUCUCAGGUGCCCCAAAGCCUGCCUCAGAACCACAGGCAGAAGCUGGCCAAAAGGCCCAACUGGACACCACACAAGAAAGCACACCUGAGACCCCAAAGAUGGAACAAGAACAGGAGAGAAAUCCUGUUCUACCUUUGACCCCACUCCUCACUCCUCUCCUGACCCCACUCACCCCUGCCCCCCCUUCAUCCUCAGAGCCAGUCUCAGGGGAUGUUAGUUUGACAAGCAGUCCAAGCCCUUUGGAGGCAGAGCUGUCUCCCUAUGGUGAAAUGCCUUAUAUUUGUAAUAUGUAUACCAUGCCUUCUCUGUCUGAGACAGCCUAUCCCCCUGCUAUCCUAUCCUUCACUGAGCCACCCUAUGCUGUGGACCCUCUGAGGGUGGGCGUUCCCUCAUCCCUGGACCCUGACCUUUACUACACCGCCCCCUCCACGCCCAUCAAGAUGGCUGCUCGACCAUCACACCUCAAACACCGUUCUUACCCCGGCUCCCCAGUCUCUCCUCUCUCUCCAAACACACCCUCGGACAGCGAGGACCUGUGCUCCCCUCUCACCUCCCCCUCUGGGUCCUACGUCACAGCAGAGGGGAGCUGGACCUCCUAUACCUCUUCCACCUCCCCCUGCACCUCCCCUAAUCUGCUCCUGACAGAGGAGGCACAGGAGGCGCCUGCAUGCUUUGUCAGCUCACUGUCAGAAAUUGGGGAUGAGGUGGGGGAGGAGAGGGGAACAGGAGGGGAGAGGGGGGAGGACAGGGGAGGAGGAGCAGCAGAGUGGAGGUUUCGCCUCUACAAAGGGCUAGCAGAGACUGUGAUCCUAGAGGAGGAGGAGAUGCUGAGAGGAGACGAGAGGGGGAGAAGCAGUGAGGAAGUGAAAGUCUCAAGAGGGAGCUGUCGCCCUCGUUGGGUGACAGAGGACACCUCCCCAUUGAGAAGCAGCAGUGGCAGAAGUACAGACUCCCAGGAGGAAGGAGGGGAAUCAGAGGGCUCGCUCUGCCCAGCAGAGGAUGCUCUGGCUGAGAGACAGCAGUACUCUAGUCCUCUGUUGCAAAAAGGCCUGGAGCUAGAGCUGCAGGCCUGUGUGUCUGCAGAGCUUUACCCUCCCAUUACCAGCCCAGAGGAUGGAGCUGACUCUUCACGGCUGACCUUCACCCCGGACAUAGGGAACCUCAGCCCUCAAACCUCAAGCCUCAACCCAGGCUCCCUUAACUUCACCCUGGACACCUGUUCUCCUGAAGUAUCAGACGGAGACAACACCAGUCCCUACAGAGAUAUGGGUCCAUUUCUGCUGUUCCCAUGCUCCUACAGUGAUGGAGAGCUUGAGGAGGAGGAUCGGAUGAUCCCAGCCUCCCUGCUCAACUUCCCCCUCCACACUAGCCUCCUUUUCCAGGCAGAUUCCAUGGAGAUUACUCUCUUCCCCAGAGAGGAGGAGAACGAGGGAGAAGAGGGAAAUGACAGGAAUGAAGGGAAUGAUGUGGAUGCAUAUGCGGCCGGAGAGGAGGAAGGGGAUGUGGAUGAUGAUGAUGACGAAGAAGAAGAUGAUGAUGAUGAUGAUGAUGAUGAUGAUGAUGAUGAGGAGGAGGAGGAGGAGGAAGAAGUUGACACUAAGGUAGAGUUAAAGAUUGAGGCAAAGGUAGAAAUAGCAAUAGAGGAAGAAGUGGAUGAAGAAGAUGGUGAGGAUGACGAGGAAGACGAGGAAGAGGGUGAAGGUAAGGCUGUAGAUGACCCAGCUGAAGAGGACACCUCAGCCUCCUUCCUUCAUUCACUGUCAGAGACUUCCAUCAAUGAGGGGCUGGACGAGUCUUUCUGUUUCCAUGAUGACACUGAUGACUCACUGGACUCUGCUUCCUAUAAUGGAGACGAAGAUGAGCAGCUGUACAGCACAGAACGACAUGCUGAACCGCCCACAGAACUACCAACAGAACUACCAACAGAACCACCCACAGAACAACCAACAGAACCACCCACAGAACAACCAACAGAACCAUCAACAGAACUACCAACAGAACAACCAACAGAACCAUCAACAGAACUACCAACAGAACAACCCACAGAACAACCAACAGAACCAUCAACAGAACGCUCAACAGAACUACCCACCGAACUCCCCACAGAACCACCCACAGAACCACCAACAGAACCACCCACAGAACUACCAACAGAGCUACCCACAGAACCACCCACAGAACUACAAAUAGCACCACCCACUGAACUACCAACAGAUCUACCGCAAGCCAAACCUCAGCCUGAAACCAGAUCGGAGGACCAGAGAACAGAGACACUUGCUGAGCUGUCCCAGUCCCAAAGGGGGCUCAGCCUAAACAAUAGCACACUACCCAAAGAGCCCCAGUCUGAUGACCUUCUGGAAGCACGACCUCCACAACCUGAAUCAAUACGCCCAGAGUCGUCUGACAGCAGCAGUGAGAUGGAGAUCACCUCUGAGUCCUCUGACCCUCCAGUCCCCACGCCUUCUCAAGGCACUUCUGUCCCUCCCAUUAAUCUCGAUCCUGCUAAUACCACUACCACACAUACCUCCCUUGCUAUUGCAUCAUGCUCUAAAACCAUGCAUGCAACUGACUCUACCCCCAACACUGACACUGGUGUUGGCUUUACCCCAAACAUUGACCCUGGUGUUGGCUUUACCCCCAACACUGACACUGGUGUUGGCUUUACCCCCAACACUGACACUGGUGUUGUCUUUACCCCGAACAUUGACCCUAGUGUUGGCUAUACCCCCAAUACUGGCACUGGUGUUGGCUUUACCCCCAACACUGACACUGGUGUUGUCUUUACCCCAAACAUUGACCCUAGUGUUGGCUUUACCCCCAACACUGGCACUGGUGUUGGCUUUACCCCGAACAUUGACCCUAGUGUUGGCUUUACCCCCAACACUGACACUGGUGUUGUCUUUACCCCAAACAUUGACCCUAGUGUUGGCUUUACCCCCAACACUGACACUGGUGUUGGCUUUACCCCCAACACUGACACUGGUGUUGGCUUUACCCCAAACAUUGACCCUAGUGUUGGCUUUACCCCCAACACUGACACUGGUGUUGUCUUUACCCCAAACAUUGACCCUAGUGUUGGCUUUACCCCCAACACUGGCACUGGUGUUGGCUUUACCCCGAACAUUGACCCUAGUGUUGGCUUUACCCCCAACACUGACACUGGUGUUGUCUUUACCCCAAACAUUGACCCUAGUGUUGGCUUUACCCCCAACACUGACACUGGUGUUGGCUUUACCCCCAACACUGAUACUGGUGUUGGCUUUACCCCAAACAUUGACCCUAGUGUUGGCUUUACCCCCAACACUGACACUGGUGUUGGCUUUACCCCCAACACUGGCACUGGUGUUGGCUUUACCCCCAACACUGACUGUGCAUCUGCCCCUAACACUAACACUGCUACACUCUCUAUCCAUAACCUUAACCCUGCUGUUACAACCCAGGAGACGGUGUCCCACAACAAUAUUUUCCCCCUGACAACACAGCCAUCCCAUAACAAACUUGACAUCCUGGCAACUGAAGCAGAGCCAGGGAAAGCAGCCACAGAGGAGGAAUGGGCUGGGACAGAAAGUGAGAAUGACAAACAGAGUGGUGUGGAGAGAGAGAAGGAUGAACAGAGUGGUGUGGAAAGAGAGAAGGAUGAACAGAGCAGUGUGGAGCUGGAGCUGGACAAGAAAAACGGGAACAGUAGCGCUGAAGAAGGUGUGGACUCCCGUCUGGUCCUGGAAGGGACCACUGCCACCAAUGACCUGAACAAGGGGGUUCCUCUGCUCAUGUACCCCAAAGAGUCUAACCCUAACCUGAGCAACAUCCCUGUCUUCUCUAGCCCUGAGGGCUUGUCUGACAUGGCUGACAACCUGUCCCAAACCCCUGACCUCUGCCCAUGUGACCCCGCCCAGGAGAACCUGAGGGAGAACACACUGAGCACUGAGGAUGGGGUCCCCGGGGCCCUCGGGUCUUCUCAUACACCCCUGGCUGUGUCCCCUAAGAGGGAAAACUCAGAGACAGAUGCAGGGGGAAGGAAGGGGGCAGGUUCUGGCGGACUGGUGGCUGCCAGGAGGGGGUCAGGGGCUGGGGCCUGGGGGGGAGGGGAGGCCCUAUCGCUCUCUCUGGGGCAAGGCUGCGAGUUGGAGGCAGAAAGCUUGUUACUGUGUGAGGUGGACGGGCAGAGCGUUGGACAGAUACUCUCCGGGAUGCCCAGUGUCGCCAUAGACGAAGAUGAGGUGGGUGUAAUGGGAGAUGAAGAUGACAACAACAGCCUAUGUGGGCGGCCAGACAAGAUGGCGGAUGUGGAGCUGGUGGGAGAAGGAGUGCCAGAGUCCAACCUGUCCAGCUGGAAAUCCAUCGAGGAGAUCUCAGAGGCUGGGGGAGGAGAGGAUGGAAGCUCCCGAUUCCCAGAGGAUGAUGUCAGCAACUUGCAGAGUCAGCCGGAAAACAAGGAUGAGCAGGAAAACAAGGAUGAGCAGGAAAACAAUGAUUCAGUGUUCCUUGCCUCUGGAAUGGCGACUUGUGUGACUCUGAAUGCCCUGUCAGAGGAGGUACGACACCAAAGCGUGAGCCUGAGUGCGUCCGUCUCAAACAUACCACUCACUGAGGCGGGACCACAGGUCACUGCAGCCAUCAAUAGGCCGACAACGUCAACAGACAAAACUGCCUCCGACCAAAGCCCUGGUUCAGUAGAGGCAGCUAUUUCCACAGAUCUUAAACCGUCUGUAAAACAGUCAGACCCUGCCCUGUCUCUUCUAGGAGGGGCAUUUGGAUCCUUCAGCCCUAAAAUAAGCAAACUGAGGUCAGGCAGUGUUUCCCAACAAUCUUACUCAUCAAUGGGAAAAGACACAGUAGAGGAGGUCCCAGUUUCUCAAGAAUAUUCCUUAUCAGUGGGUAAAGACAAGGUAGAAAAUAUAAAUAAACCUUAUUCACAGCCUCAGCCAGAGGCAGAGCUGACAUUAGUGAAACAAAGAGAAGGUGGUGGGGGUCAGACCACUGACCAACCAAAGACAAAUGCGGCCUUAGUAGGGUUGGAGAGCAGUGUUUGUAUCUCAGGGGAAACAGAGGCACAGGAGAGACCCGAGAAUAGAGUCUCUCCAGAGAGGUUUCAUCAACCUGCACAACUUCACACACCAGAGGGAGAGCUGAGCUCAGAGAAAGAUACCUCUCCUUCUCAGUCAGGAAUGGGAGGCAAAGGGAGGACGCAGAGCAGGGAGGCACCCAGUCAAUCAGGCAGAGAGGCUUCGUCAACCUCUGGGUCUACUGGUCAACCACACAGAGAAGCUCCCCCAGGCCAAAUCCCAGCAGACACUUCUUCACCAGGGAAGACCAAAAAUAAGAACAAGAGGGGCCGCAAAGCUGCUACAGACACCAGACAAAGGAUACCUUUGAAGGCCAAAGCUGAGGCAGAAUCUGAGGCAGAAUCAGAGAGGAGAGUGGAAAAUGUCCCCAGUGCUCCAUCUCUCUCUAGUCCAACCGACUUGAGCAAUAUUGCUUCAACUCUCCUAGUCAACCAGGAAGUUAAACAGGAAGUUAAUCAAGAAGUAAACCUGGAAAUGGACCUGGAAAUAUUAGAUAACCGGCCUCUGCCUGGCUGUCAGACAGAAAUUAGGAAGGACAUUAAUGAUAACAAUGUGGGGAGUGGCUGUGCCUCCCUUGCAGAACAGAAUAGAAUCUCUUCUCCACCUCUUCCAUCUUUCUCUUCAUCUCCAACUCUUUCAUUCUCUCCUCCUUCAACUUCACCUCCUCCUCCUCCCACCUCUUCUCCACCCCCUCUUUCUCCCUCUCCCCUUUCCUCCUUUUCACCCCCCAGUACCUCCACAGUUCCGCCUGAUGAGGACCUCCCCAUCCCUGUACAGGAAUCCCAGCCUCUCCUCAGCACAGCCCAGCCUAUCACCCCACCCCUAGAUACCCAGUCUAUCACCCCAGUCCUAGACACCCAGCCAAUCACCCCACCCCUAGAUACCCAGCCAAUCACCCCAGUCCUAGACACCCAGCCAAUCACCCCACCCCUAGAUACCCAGUCUGUCACCCCACCCCUAGAUACCCAGUCUGUCACCCCACCCCUAGAUACCCAGCCUAUCACCCCACCCCUAGAUACCCAGUCUAUCACCACAGUCCUAGACAUCCAGCCUCAGUCAACUGUUUGUCAGACUGUCCAUGUUUCAACUACCCUUAUAGACCUCCCUAUGCGCCCCCCUACACCCACCAAACAUAUGUCCACCUCCUCCUUGUCUACAUCAUCUCCAUCCAUGUCAGCAAUUCUGUCCACCUCCGGCCUUACGCAGCCCACCCAGGAGUCUCAAACCACAGUGCCUGUCCAAGACCCCCACAGGCAGGCCCAGCCCCAGGCCCAGCCCCACCUCCUCACCAUGCUGAGGCGGUCACAGAGCCCACAGGACAGAGAUGGAAUGGACACAGACAGUGAUUCUGAUGAUAAUGCUGUUCCUCUACAACAUAACAUCGCUCAGACCAAAAGAAUUGUGGGAAACUCUUCUGGAUCCUCCAGUCAAAGACAGAUUCUACAUCACUCCUCCUUCCAACCAACUGAAAGACAACCAAGCUGUCCAGUCAGCCAAAAGGGAUCACAGGAGCUGGACCUGUCCUUCAAAAACAACAUAGGCUCCUGCAAUGAUUCGGAGAGUGAGGGAUCAGUGCCAGAGUUGGAAGAAUCAGAGGGGGUACCGCUGAGAUCCUCACAGCCACAGCCUGUCUCCCCUGGCGAUGAGGGAAUAAACAGACCUAAGCAGAGCCGUAGUGAGAAGAAGGCCCGUAAGGCAAUGGGUAAGCUGGGGUUGCGGCCAGUCCACGGUGUAACCAGGAUCACCAUAAGGAAAUCAAAGAGCAUCCUGUUUGUCAUCAGCAGACCUGACGUCUUUAAGAGUCCGGCAUCAGACAUCUACAUUGUAUUUGGCGAGGCCAAGAUAGAGGACCUGUCUCAGCAGGUCCACAAGGCUGCAGCAGAGAAGUUUAAGGUGCCAGUGGAGCCCUCCCCGAUGGCACUACCAGCACCUCCUAGCCUCACCAUUAAAGAGGAGAGCGAAGAAGAGGAGGAGGUGGAUGAGGGAGGUCUGGAGCAGAGGGACAUAGAGCUGGUGAUGGCUCAGGCCAACGUUUCUCGCUCUAAAGCCAUUCUUGCCCUCAGACACAACACAAAUGACAUUGUCAACGCUAUCAUGGAGCUGACCAUGUAAAAGGAUAGAGACCCCCCCCACCUCCCUUUGAGCUUAAAUGCCACAGGCUUGUCUGUAUCGCUGCUAUGUUGCAUCCUCAGUACCUGCUAAUAAACCGUCUAUUAUAACCACCCUAGAGUGGGCUAUGACUUAUAAUCUAUGUAUGUCACUAUACUGUUAACCAACCAUUAGUGCACUUUCAUGGCCUGGCUGUAUGUAUGUAUAUAUCUAUUGAUAAUGAUGGGGCAUUCACUUUUAUUACACAAAACUGUUUAAUAUGUCAAACCCAAAAUACAGUCAGAACACAAAAUGCAGAUCCACACAGAAAUUCAGUCAGGGUGUUCAGAGAAGUGGUCGGUUUCAAUAAAGCUCGCUAAUACAA